GGUCGCGAUCGUGUUCUGCGAUCGUCGUCGUCGUCGUCGUCGUCAUCGCGUUGAUGAUAAGAAUCGUCAUCUGCCUACGCGCGAUUAUUUUGUCGCACUACAACAUUCGCAUACGCGAGCCUCGUUAAAGCAGAUAUAUAAAAGAUUCGGUCGGCGCGUGUUGUUGUCGCGCGGCCGCGUUUUUUCCUCCUAUCUUUCGACUCGUUUUUUUUUUUAAUUCGUAUACCUACAUAUUACGCUUUCGCGAAUCUCUCCGAAUCAUUCCGAGUGAAAUGAAGUGAAGUGAAGUGAAGUGUGUCGUUUAUUACUUUUACACAGAUGUACGCGUGUGCGUGUAUCGCGCGCAAAAAUUCGAGUGCCCAUUCACAUAGAAUCGAAUAAAACAAAAUAAAAAUGACAACAACGAAAGACGGCGGCGUCGGCGAGCUUCAGCAAACCGAGCUGAGCUACAAGCAGAAGUGGAUCGUCAAGAAUUUCAGCGAGGUUGACUACGCCUGCAGAUCCGGCACGAGCAACAAAAUCGUCUCGCCGCACUUCUUCACGUCGAACGAUUACGUCGAUCUCGAGUGGCGUCUGUCUCUGUAUCCGCGGGGCAAGCCAGCAGCAGCACCGGUUGUCACUGGCACCAGUACCAGCAACCGCUGCAUGUCCCUGUACGUGGAGUCGCUCAACGACAUCUGCCUCACCGCUACGGUCUCACUGUCGUUUCUCAACUGCAACAACGAGCGAAUCGCCGAGAAGACGCUGCUGAACAAGCAGUUCGGGCCGCGCCAGUCCUACGGCUAUCGGCAGUUCAUCGAUCGCAAGUACGUCCUGGUCGAGUGCAACAGCAUCUUGCCCAACGACUCGCUCACGGUGCACUGCGAGAUCGUCCUCGACGCGAGUCUCUGCAGCAACGACGACAGCAGCACUGAUCGAAACGACAGUUCUUCGUCCUCAUCGGACGACAACGACGACGACGACGGCGAUGACAAUGACCCCGGCGAGAUAGACGAGCUCAAGCGGCGAUUGCGCGAGCUCGGGGAUUACGAAAAACUAUUCGAGAGCGGCGAGUUCAGCGACGUUAUCUUCUCGACGCGCGACGGCGCCAAAAUACCCGCGCACAGGUGCGUGCUCGCCUCGCGCAGUCCCGUCUUCAAGGCCAUGUUCAGCCGGGCCUCGUCGUGCCGCGGCAGCAACGGCGUCGGCAAGCUCGAGCAUCAGCAGCAGGGCGUCGUCGAGGUCAAGGACGUCGGCCACAAGGUACUCAAGGAGCUGCUGCGCUUCGCCUACACCGGCCGCCUGCUUACCGAUGAACAGAAUAGCAGCAGCAGCCACAAGAGCUCCAGCGAUUGCGACGAGAUCUCGGCCGAUCUGCUGGUGGCCGCGGAAAAGUACUCGCUGCAGGGCCUCAAGGAUCUCUGCGAGAAGCGGCUCAUGUCGCGCCUGAGCACCAAGAACGCCGUGGAGUAUCUCAAGCUCGCCGACACUUACGGGGCCGAUCGGCUGAAGAAGCGCACGAUCGAGUUCGUCGCGGCGCACUCGGACGAGAUCGUGCACACGCAGGACUUUCAGCUGCUCGGCGAUCUGCACAGGAGCGUCAUCUGCGAGCUGUUCCGAGCCACGGUGGCGCAAAAAACUACGUCGACCAAACAAUGAGACCAUUGUGCGUUAUGUACCGAGUUUGCGUGCGCGCGAUGGUUAUCUCAGUGAUUAUUCUAGGUAUACGCGACGAUGAAUAUAAUAGCGCGCGGCGGUGAAUCGCACCGAUAUCGGACGAGGUGAGAUAACGAUGUAUAACGCGCUUGUAGUAAUUGCGAACGUAUAAGGUGUAUCAUAGGGCGACCGCUGCCGCGAGUUUCGAGUAUUUUUAGCAUUUAUCUUUUGUUGUAAGCUCGUGUACGAGCAUUGUAUAUAUUGAAAAAAAAACACAAGCCUGCUCAUGAAUAAAGACACGUAUACGCUUCCAAUAGCUUAAUUAGAAUACCAAAUAUUAUGUUCGAAUCCUGCGCGAGUUUGGAAUAUUUGUACUUUAUAAUUUCUUCGUGCUUGCAACAUGCUUCUAUUCGUAUUUGACUCUAUAAAGUGGAUUAGCUCUCGAAAUUUUUUCCUUGUCUCCGUAAAAACGACCAACCGAAAUCUGUGCGCUGUCCAAGAGCCUCGCGCAAUUUUUAUGGGUAUACGUUUAGAAAGU